AUGGUGUAUAAGGGCCCAAGCAAAGGCUGUGAGGCUUGCCGCCAUCGACGUGUUAAGUGCGAUGAAACACGGCCCCAAUGCGGGAACUGCACCAAGAGGAACCGCGAUUGCCCAGGCUAUCGGAACCUGUUUGAUGCUGUACACAAGCACGACAAUCCUGUGUCUGUCAAACGGAAUCUCGAUCUCUGCGGAUCUUCAUCGGAGAGCGAAUCUCCUUCCUCAAAAUACAUCAAUGAUCUCUAUCCAAGGCUGCUAACUCGUUCGUCGUCGUCCGAUGAAUCACCAGAACCGGAUGUCGAACUUCUGAAAGAAGCAGAUCUCACCCUGGUGAUCCCGCCUUCACGCAACACGGAAGUCGAGUCGAUAUACUGGUUCUUCCAGAAUUACGUCACUGUCCCUCGGGAUCCAAGCACCAAUAUCUUCAUUGAGCACAUUCUACCACUGUAUGUCAAGGCGCCAGUUGAAUCGCCGCUUUCUCUUGCAAUCAACGCCGUAGCACUGGAAAUCAUGCAGAUGUGGUUCUUACGGACGACCGGAUCGCACCAGGCACGCGCCUACUAUGGGAAAGCUAUGACCCAGCUCACCGCAGCGUUACAGGACAGUGUGGAGAGCAAAAGUGACCAAACACUGGCCACAGUCUUCAUGUUUGACUUUUACGAGUCCCUCCGGAAACGAUUUGCGGGCUUCGUCGACAGUGGCGCGCACCAGCAAGGAGCAAUUGCGCUUGUGCGGCACAGAGGCAAGAAAAAUUUCGAGAGUGCGACGUCCCGGCGAUUAUUCCAGGCGGCGAGAAGUCGACACAUCAGCUACUCUUUGCAACACUGCCGCAAGAUAAUGCUGGACCCUGCCAUGCGAGACGAGGAAACGGAGUCCCAGCCUUCUGCACAGUUGGACCUCCUGAAUGCAGAGCUCGCCGGAAUAUAUGUACUUGCGGAAGCAGGACCGAAAGCUGGGAUGGAUGCAACAGAGUUCUAUCAAGUCGUAGUAGCAAAGGCACUCCUCCUGGACAAGCACCUGCAAGCCUGGCGGGAAUCACUCCCGCCGUCGUGGCAGCCUGCCGUAGUUGCGCCGUCGAAGAUCCAUCCAUCAAUAAAGGCUGCCGGCUUGUAUGAGGGCAUGUGUGAGGUGUAUUCGUCGCUGGAGGUCUCUCAUAUCCACAAUGCAGCACGCAGUUCGCAUUUCGGUGUCCUCCGCUUGAUCUCGUUGUGCCAACGACAACUCGAGGCUCAGGGACAUGCUGUUUUAGAUGCGACCCUGCAAUCCUACCUAGAUCGACAGAUACAGACCAUCAUCGAUGGUUUCUGUGCCUCGAUUCCAUAUCAUCUGGGGAACCGCACUACAGUCUCCCUGCCCCACGAACACAGCGAGUACCCUCCAGUACCAGACGAACUGCGCCGACUUACCAAUUAUGUAGAUGCCAUGGGCAAUCCCGCUGAGAUGACGAUGAAUGACCACUCGCGCGCGGCAGCAGCAAUUGGCGGUUGGUUUCUCAUGACUCCACUACUAGGAUUUCUGCGCAUGCAGAUGCUGGAUACUCAAAGGCCACGCCCGGGGCCGUUCAUGUCGAAGUUGCGACCGGGUCAGCUCCCGUGGAUUCAACAGCAGUUGCGGCGUAUUCAGCGGAUAUAUCUGCUCCCGUAUGAAUCCAGCGAGCCCCACAGUGAUCAAGGCUAUUCAAUCCCUCCUCUGCAGGGUUCGGAAACGGGAAUGGCAUGGCAUAAGCUGCUGUGGUCACUUUAG